UACCUGGACUACUUCCACGUGAUGACUUACGACUUCCACGGCUCCUGGGACAGAACCACUGGGGAGAACAGCCCUCUGUACAAAGGCCCAGCUGACACCGGUGACAUGGUCUACUUCAAUGUGGAUUAUGCGAUGAACUAUUGGAAGAGCAAUGGUGCCCCGGCUGAGAAGCUCCUUGUUGGAUUCCCAACCUACGGACAUAACUUCAACCUCCAAAACCCAUCUAACACUGCUGUUGGGGCACCAGUAACAGGAGCUGGGCCAGCUGGACCUUACACAAGGCAGGCUGGAUUCUUGGCUUACUACGAGAUCUGCACCUUCCUGGACUCUGGAGCCACCCAGGCUUGGGAUGCCCCCCAGGACGUGCCCUACGCUUACAAAGGCAGCGAAUGGGUUGGCUAUGACAACAUCAAGAGCUUCAACAUCAAGGUUGACUGGCUGAAGAAGAACAACUUUGGAGGUGCCAUGGUUUGGUCCCUGGACAUGGACGACUUCACUGGCACUUUCUGCAAGGAAGGCAAAUAUCCCCUGAUCACCACCCUGAAGAAGGGUCUUGGUCUGCAAAACAAUGACUGCGUGCCACCAGCUCAUCCCAAUCCUCCUGUCACUGAAGCCCCUAGCCAAGGAGGUGGAAGUGGGAGCGGGGGCUCAGGGGGUGAUACUGGUGGCUCUGGUGGCAGCGGAUUCUGUGCUGGCAAGGCCAACGGCAUCUAUGCAGACCCAACCAACAAGAGAAACUUCUACAACUGUGUCAAUGGUGAAACCUUUGUGGAGAGUUGCCAAGAAGGCCUCGUCUUUGAUGCCAGCUGCUCCUGCUGCAACUGGCCAUGAAGAUUCCAAUGCUAUUACA